AUGGAAGGUGGUAGGCCCCCAUCGCCAGGAGACGAGCUGGAGCUCUCAGCGCUCAAGCAGCAGCCAGAUGAGCAGACGCCUCUUAAUGGAGCCGCUCAGGUCAUCCCUUUUUCGGCGGAGGACCCCGGUCCCUCCCAGGCUAACCAGAAAAACCCUUGGAGGUCCUGUAAUAGGAAUGUGAUCGGAAAAUGUAAGCUGUGGAUGGUCAUUGCCUCCAUUUUCCUAGGUCUCAUUCUAGUGAUCAUCGUAAGCUUAUGCCUUUUUGGAGGCAAUGAUGCCGACUUUGGAAAUUUCUGUUUGUCACUAUCUGGCAGUAAUGUGUGUGGUUGUUUUACUUGUUCCUGUUUGUUUCAGCUCACAGAUGUGUACAGUUCAUCCCCGUCUCUGAGUCGUUAUUUUACUUCAGUGGAAAUUGUGGACUUAAGUGGUGAAAAUGCCACCAUAGCCUACCACCUGCAGUUUGGGGUUCCGUCAGAAGAUGAUAGUUUCAUGAAGUAUAUGAUGAGUGAGGAGUUGGUGCUGAGCGUUUUGCGGCAGGAUUUCCAUGAUCAGAACAUGCCUGGCUGCGAGACUCUGGGGCUCAGUCCAGAUUCCCUCUUGCUCUACGAGUGAAGUGGUGCUGGUGGGUCUGUGUCUGAAAGCAGUGCUCCACUGAAUUGUGGGAUGAAGAGAAUUGUUCGGUUUUGCAGAAAAGAUCCUGUGAAUUAACAGAAGGACUUGACAUGACUGGAGGGGUGGACAGGUUCUUUUUUCUCCUGAUUCUGCAGUUGUGUCAUCCAGCAAAGUUGCACUGGAGAGCUGCUCCAGCAGGUUGCAGUCGUGACAAAGGCAGGAAGCCAGAUGGGGAAGGGGUGACUGGGUGGCUGGGUGAACCUUGCAGUGUGAGGUCCUGCUCUUCUUGAAGAACUAGCUGCCUCUGCCCGCACGUGGACACCUUCUCUUUCGUGCUAGGGUGGCCUUUCAGGAAGAACCCUGCCAACCUGUGCCAGUGAAGGGAGCACAGAAGAGGCAGGCAGUGAGGUGAGGGAGAACUGGGCCACUUGCUUCCUGACAGUUCCCCCUCCCGCUCACCGUUAUUUUUGAUCUACCUCGAAGCAAGCCUGUGAGGAAAAGGAAGGCACUUUACAAGACCGAAGCAGCAUGGUUCUGCGCUACUUCUAUGACCUGUAUCUCCAUAUCUUAGCAAACCGUCCGUGGCCCGUAGGCAGACACAUCAUCCAACGUUACUGUGUUAUUCACAGCUGCAGAAAUAAGAUGUGUGUUUCUUAAUUACUGUGCGUCUCCUCAUUGUGCCUGUGACUCCUGAAUGCCUCUUUUAGAAACAUGGUUCCCUGUGAGUUUUGAGCACACAGCUAUCAUUUUGGAUAGUUUUCCCAUGUAUAUUUUCACACGCUUCCAUCAGGGAAUCAUUAAGACUAUGUACCAUCUGCUAUAGCUAUUACGCAUUGGCUUUUCACUGUCCAGUGUUAAUAGCCUCUCUGCAGGACUCAGUGUCUUCAGACAUUGAUUGUGGGUCUUGUUGAAGAUGGCUGUGAAACAGGAAGAACCACUCUCUGUUUGAAAUAAACUGUUGGAAGUUUAAUGCCAACUCAUUUGCAGGAUGGGGGCAAUAUUAUUGACUGUAUUGGCCAUUUACAGAUAGAGAAUUGCCUGUCGUGAGGGAACAGAAUGUUUUGUUGGGAACAUCGUUUUGCUGGACAUUUUCCAGGAGAAAGAGUUUUGUGGUCCUAUAAUGAGCAUCCCUUAGCCCCAAUAUCUCAGUUAAAUUGGACUUGGGUGGAAGUUAGUAUGAGGGCAGCUAUGUACGGGGAUGUGUCUGAGUGUGUGUCUCAGCUAGAUUUACCUUAAGUUCUUUAUGACCCAAGACUGGAGAAUGUGAACUUUCUUAUUUAACUAGAAGAUACAUUUAUUGUAACUCAGUGUCUCAUUUUGAGGGUAGUUCCUCAAACUGGUGAAACAGGUGGAUUUUCCACCUUCCUCUUUAUUUUUUACACGUCAAAUGUAAACCUUAGUGUGUUUGUACUUUUUAGAAAAUAAUGAAAAACUUCAAUAGAAAAGGAUUUAAAAAUAUUUGCAAUAAAUUAUUGUUGCUUC